GGAAAUAUCCGAGGUUACCAUAACACCACAAAACAAUAUGGCCGCCGAACAGGGAUAACUGAGGAAAAUAAAAAUACUUUCAUAUGGUUGAGGAUUGAUUAAUUUGUAGCAAAAUGCCAAAAAAGGGCAAGAAGGGAAAGGGAAAAGGAAAGAAGGGAAAAAAGGGAAAGAAGGGAUCCAAGAAGAAUGAGUCCAUUGCCAAGAUUGCAGCGGCCAACUCCAAAGUGUGGGAGACUCGCCUGGAAAUUGCAGAAACUUCCAAACAGGAGUACAGGGAGCAUGCAAAUCAGCUGGUGAAAGAGAAUGACCAGCUCCAGGACAUGAUAAGAAUCACGGAGAAAGACACCAUAGAAUGCUUUACUCUGUUACAGAAAAAAGAUGAAGAGAAGAAAAACGAGAAUGAAAGACUGAAGCAGUCAAUUCGAGAGCUGAAAAAAGAACACAGAAAAGAAAAGGAAAAUAUUGUAGAAGAUUUCAGUACACAGAUCAAUGAGCUUGAAGAGAAAGUGUCGGAGAAAACGCGGGAGGUGGAGCUCAUGCAGAGCGAGCUGAAAGUGGUGAAGGAGUUCCGACGGAAGAGGGGGCAGAUGCAGAAGGAGCUGGAUGAUAUAAAAGAAUCCAUGUAUAAUGCCAAUCGAGACCACAAAGGAACACUGACACGCAUGGAGCAGAAAUUCUUUGAGGAAAAGAUGAGGUUGCAACAGGAAGCAAAUCAGAAGAUAGCAGAACUAGCGGAGAGAGCCCACACAGAAGCAAUAUCAAAUCUUGAUGAGACAACAAAAUCUGUAUAUAAAGAGAAUGUGAGAUUAUCAGAGGCCUUGAGUUAUCACAUGAAGGAGGGGGAGGUGUUGAAGAAACUGAGGGACAAGCUUCAGGAGGAGAAUGAACAGCUCCGGGGGGACAAGGAACUCAAUGACAUGAUGGUGCAGGAGAAGAUCGUCCAAGUCAAACAGCAGAAAGAACAGAUCAGACAGUUGACAGAGAAAAUCCAAACUUUAGAGAAGUCCUUAAGUCAUAUGUCUAGAGAGUUCAACACAGAGAAACGAACAAUCAUGCAACAGGCAAGAACUGAAAAUGAGGCUGCAAAGAUUGAACUGGCUAAACUCCAGAGAGUGAUUGACCUCAAAACCAGAGAAAUGAACAAGGUCAAACGACUGGCCAAAAAUAUUUUGGAUCAAAGAACUGAACUGGAGCGAUUUUUCUUGGAGUCCUUGGAACAGGUCCGGAAUGAAAUUAAUGCCAACCAGGCCCAGUAUCGUGUUGAUGCCCAGGCAGCUUAUCAGCAAAAAAUGCUGAAAGCCUUUGCAGGGAAAGGGGAUUUCCCAAAAAUCCGCACAUUUAACAAAUCUGACAUCAGCACUAACAGUGUAUACAAGGAUCUUGAGGCGGCCGAAAAAAUGAAACAGACCACGUAUGACAUUUCUGGUAAGGUGGACAUCAGUGAUCUGACUUGGGAGCAGAAGGAGAGGGUCAUCCGUUACUUGUUUGCCAGGAUGAAUGGUGGAGCCAAGGUCACCAAGAUGAACUCUGGCCCACCACUGCCUGCCAUUGAGAACAAAGUCCAGAGGCUCAGUAUUACACAUGAACCAAGCCCACCUGAUGAACCAGACAACACAUUCUUGACCCAGGCCAAAAUGGAUGCCCAAGAAAAUUUGGCCGACACCUCCCUCCAAACUAAGUCCAGCACAUGGGUAGCUGAGACCGCCCAAGUAUCUUGAACAGUGCUUUACUGCUGAGAUGAUAAAAUUAAUUAAUGAACUCCAAGCAAUACAUAGUAUUAUAUACACAGUAUGAGUGCCUAUGUGUUGAAACUGCAUGUUCACAGUACAGUGUACUUCCUUGAAGAAACUAUUGAAAAUUGUGAUUCUUUCUAUAUAAAGAGCAUUUAAGAUAUUUCCUGCAGCUUUUGAGUGAAUGGAUGGUGGUUCCCAAUCUUUGUUAUAAAUGUGCUUGUAAACUAAGAGGCAAAAGUACAUGGAUUUUAAUACUGGAACUUAAUGUUAUUGGAUUCAUAUUUUAUUUAAGUACCCAAUUAAAAUUGGUGAAAUUCUCCCAAUCAGUGUAAAUCUAUUUAGAAAUCUAUGUGUCUGUGAUAAAUACCACAUGUACAUUUAUAAUUUUGUUUGUAAUAAAAAUAUUUUAUAUCUUCA